UCUCGAUUGUAUUCAAUUGUAAUUCCACAACACAUAUAAACUACACAAUGGGUAUUAAAGACAGAGUAAAGAGAGCUUCCAAGAUAUUCUCUUCGGAAUCCAAGGAGGAAUUGCAAAAAGCCAUCGAAAAGAAGGAAGAGCCUGUUGCUCAGAAGGGCGAAGAAGCAGAAGCUGCUGCCGAAGAUACCGCCGCCAACGCCGAAGAGGAAGUUGCCGACAAGACAGAAGAGCCUGUUGCUGAAGCCGAAAAUGCUGCUGAAGACGUAGAAGCUCCAGUAGAGGAAGCCGUAGCAGAGCCAGUUGAAGCAGCCGAAGAUGUCGCAGCUGAAGCUGAAGAUGUCGCAGAAGGGGCCGCUGGUGAAGCAAAGGACACGGCUGAAGAAGGCGUGGCUGCAGUUGAAGAAAGCAAGGCCCUGAAGGGCGAGAAGGCCAAGGCAGACAUCAAGGAUGCCUCAGCCAAGGUUGAAAAGGCCACCAAGAAUGACUUCUUCAAGAAACUCUUGAGCAAGUUCAAGAAGCCAGCAUCUGCCACCAAGAACUAGAGGCAGGGCUGUAGCUAAUAAUGCGAUAGUAUCAACUGCUAUUCUACUAAUAUUGUUUAAUCUAAUAAAGUAAUACGACUAAUUUAAGCUAAAA